GCGUUUACGUAUAUGAUGCAAGCGUAUUAAAGCGCAAGCCCAACAUCAGAGGAACGCCUUAAAUCUCACCGUUAACUGGCCACCAGAAUCUGCUUAUCUAAACGGGUGAUCGUACCAGAGGGUUCAUGAAAAGGGCAUAUAAUUCAUGAAGAAUAUUUCACGGAUUGCUUGUCGAGCUAAAAGAAGUCUGCAAGCCGAGAUCAAAUAAAUAAAAGAUAAAGGUGUAGAACUGUUACUUUCCUCUUCAGUCGAUCUAACAAAAGGGAAAACACUGAUAUCAGAACUCGGACGACACAAACCAAAUAACGAAAUUAAAGCCAGAAAUCAUUAUAACAUUAUUCUGGCUUAUAUGUGCUAAAAAGAUCCAACGAAAUUAGAGGUUCUAGAGAGCUCCAUGACAACAGUUAAGUCUCCGUAACCAUGUUUAAGGGCCCUCGCCGCUAAUAGGCCCUCCUGUCCGAUAAAAACGUGUCCAACUUAUUCCAAGUAUUGACUGAAAUUGUCUUAUUAUUAUUAGGUAAUAUGUCACAUACGAGACCGCCGAGACCGAUGAUACAUCAGAAUUUUUUCCUUCCGUACGUCCAAGAGUCAACUUAAAAUAUUUCUCGGCGACAGAAAAAAAUCAGUGAUGUUGUUAUACUCACUUUGCAAUCUAUUUUGAUCGAGGGAAAAAGAAUGUGACUGAGAGUGAAUAAACGAAUAUGCAAAAUCGUAAUUUAACGAACCUCCCAGUGCAGUUACUAUGAAUUCCCACAAAACUGUUAACCAAUUGCGCCCUUCUGUUUCGUUUGAAGCCUAUUUAUUAUUAUAUUACAGACAGAGAGAGAGAGGUGUUGAUUGAGAGAUGUUUAAUUGUUUCUUUUACAGAUUUUUCAUUUAGUUCUUAUGCACAUGCUCUUUUUUAGAACCUCUUGACAGGGGAGUGGCUAGGAUCGUGGACAGCAAUACGCCACUUAUUCCAGGGGAGGACAAGGAGAUGAAGGAGGCGGAGGAGGUGGUGCUGGUAGCGGAGAAGAAGAAUCAGGAGAAAGAGGAUCGGAUGAGGUUGGCAACCUCGUCAUUCUUGCUAGAGGAAGAGGAGGAGACGGACAAGGAGGAGGAGAAAAAAAGAUCAUCCUUCUUUCAGGAGAGCCCUAGCGGAUCAAUGACAAAGAUGCAAGUAAACGUUGAGAUGGACGACCUAACAAAGGAAAAGGACCAUCCAACAAUUAAAUUUGUACAGCCCAAUAGGAAAGUAGGUAACGAUAAUGGCGAUGGCGAGGGCAAUGGUGAUAACAAUGGCAAGGGCGACGCCGACGGUGAUGGUGACGAUGAUGGCAACAGGAAUGGUCAUGCAAGAGCCCAUGGCAAUGCAAAGGAAAAUCUAAUAAAAAUCAUAGAAAGAGGAAAUAUUGACGAGAUCACUCAGGAACUGACACCAAAAGCAAUGGCAAAGUGUGGCAGAAACGCGUUACUUGUUGCAAUGGAGGCGAAUUCUAAGCUUCGCAGUUUGGCAAAGGAGAAAGGUCCGGGGGCAGAAGAGUUUGCGAAGAUGGCUAGCUCAGUGGACGAGUUUACUUCGUGUUUACUCGACCCUCUGAAGUCCAACAUGGAAGCGCGUCAUGUACUUGGGGAUUCUUUAGAUGACCUAAUGGAUGCUGGGAUUGACAGGCAGCAAAAGACGUUUUUUGCACAUCCGGUAAUUUUUAACUUGAUGAGUGAUAAAUGGCUGGGAAAGUUUGGCAGAAUGAAGAGGUGUUCGUGGCUGUCACUGCAAGGCUGGCUGUGGAUUAUGCUGCACAUCUGGUGCCUGUUUGAUUUAGUGAUGUUUCCUUUUCUCUUCGCUGUGUUUUACAUCAAGCACCUCAGGAACAAAAACAAACUGAAAGACAAAGGAAUAGAGAUUGCUUUUUUGAUAAAUGCAACUUCGAAGAAUGCUGUCAAAGUCUUCAACCUGAUGACAAGAUCCAUAAGGGAAUUCGUCGACAAACAUGGAGAUGACAACAAAUAUCAAGUUGUUAUUCACGGAGAUAAUUCCUCUCCAAGAAAAAUGUGCUCUAAGAGUGACAUUGACAAAUUAGAACUCAAAAGAGGAACUACAAAGAUUCCCGCCCUUCAUGAAGACCUUAAGAACGCUAAUUUCCUAAUUCGCAGCUCCGAGAGGAAGUCAGAGAAGGUGAUAAUAUUCUUCACGGAUCACAAGACAAGUUUGAAACAUGAGAGGGGUCUGGUAGAGAAUCAAGUAAAAGACAUGAAGGACAUCAAGCUACUCCCGGUUGCCGUUGGACCUCACGUCAAUAUCCGAGAAUUAGAGACUAUCACCGAUAAUAAACUAGACAUCAUCCACUUUGGAGAAUACGAAAAACCAGAGACAGUCUCAACACGGAUUUGGCACGACCUGCAAGGAAAAGAUAUGUACGAGAGCUACCACGAGUAUUUCACGACACCUUACUUCAUAUUCGUUCGUGACACGCUAAGUUAUCUCACCCUCCUUGGCCUGCACAUCACCUUGUGUCUCUCGCCCUCGGUCAUUCCGUUCAGCGGUCUGGAGUGGGUCAUUCUGGUUUUCUUUAUGGGUCGAAUACUGAUGGAGAGCAAACAGUUUCAGAGCGUCAAAGUAGAUCAGGGAAGAGGCAUCGUGAUUAAGAAGCGGAUGGGGAACAAAUAUACAAGGUGCAGUGAAAAUGAAGAGCAAGGCGCACAGAAUGAAAUCCGGGGUGGUGAGAAUGGCGAUGGUGAAGAAGAUGAAGAAAGCUGUCGAGUAUCAAGAUCAACUAUGUUUGCAAGGAUGUGUGGAAAAUACCUAAGCGACCGAUGGAACAUUUUGGAUUCCAUAACUCUAGUCAUCUACUUGAUCACCUUUCUGUUGAGAAUGUUGACAUGGGCCACGGCUGCAUCAGUGACCAACAACCGAGCUCUUGUUAUAGCCGGUUAUCUGUACGGCCUCAACACCAUGUUCCUCACACUUAGGGCGUUUGGUCAUGUCAUGGAGACCAUUCAAGGGAUUGGGACCAUCCAAAUAGCUUUGUUUCAGAUCAUUGGCGACAUUGCUACGAUAUUUUGGCAGUUCGUGGCGACCAUUUUGGCUUUCUCCAUCGCCAUAACAAAGGUGUAUAUGGCAGAAAAGUCGUACAUUGCCCAGGAAAGCUACAAAGAUAACCUUGCUUGCAAUACAUCUGGGAUUUCCUGUUGGUGGGCGAUGUUUAAACAUCUUUGGUGGUCUCUACUGGGUAUAGCGGAAUUGGAUCCUCUGGACUCUGUCGACAGUGCCUCAGUGACGCUGGCUCAAUUAUUGUUUGGGGCCUUUCUUAUUAUGGGGGUAGUUCUCCUUGUCAACAUGAUGAUAGCUCUCCUGUCGAACACAUACCAGCGAGUGGAGGACAACGCUUACAAGGAAUGGUCGUUCAAGAAAGCUAUCACGAUACAGACAUACAGCAGCUAUCAUCCGAUCCCAGUUCCUCUUAAUCUCAUCUCAAAUCUUUGCGUUGGAGUCAAGAGCAUGGCUUGCUGUAGAGGACAAGAAGAUGCCAAUGAUUCCAGGGCCCGUAACAAAUCUCUGAAUGCGGUUGUUCAAAAUCUUCAACAAACAUAUUUUGCAACUUAUGGAUAUUCUUUUCCUCUUACUGAUGACAGAAAGAUGGACCAACUCAUUCAAGAAACCGAGAGGAACCGGGAAAUGUUCAAUCAGAUUGCUCACAGGACCUUCACAACGCAUGCGCCUGACCAAGGAAUGCUACCUACUGGUCCAAAGGCGUGGCAGAGUCAAGGCAUAAGAAUAGAGGGCUCUCUCCUGGUUUGUGAAGGAGGAAACUUCUGCGACACCUGCCAGGGUGAAUCGGACGAAUGCCAUGGCGCAAGAUAUCUCGUUCCCUUCUCUCCAGAAUUUCCCCAUCUUGAGGUUCUUAUUCAGGAAAUAGGAAAGCAAAGGUGUCUUGGAGUGGGAGUGGUUUGGAAGGAUUACGGAAACCACGCCAUGCCGGGACAGUUAAAAAGAACGGUGGGGUGUCUUGUCGAUGAAGGCAAAAUAUUGGGACCAUUUAAGCCUGUUAACCUUGCCGGGAAGGAAGAUGAAGGCGCCAUGGCUUACAGAGGAGAUCUGAUCGGCUGCACAGUCAUGUUUAAUGAGUUGGAAGAUGGCAAAGUGCCUAUCCAGUUCACUUUAAACGGCAAACAGAUCACUCAGGAUAGGAUUUUAAUCGAGCAUAAUCCGGCCGAAAAAUCGCUAUACCCAUUCAUAGGCAUGGGACACACAGGAAUAAGAGUGCUGGCCAAGUUGUGUCCAUCCCGGAACGAUGAUGCCCAUCUGAUUGGGACGAUUAAAGCCACAACAGACAGCAUGACAGAAAAGAUGACUUCAAACUGGAAAAGGGUUGACGAAGUUGUAGAGCGAAUAAAAGGAGAGCUCGACAAUGCAGACACAGAGUUCGAAAAACUUAAUCAUUUAGUCUUGGAGGAGCUGCGACACUUUGAAAAUUUAAUUAAUGACCCCGAUCAACUGGGACGCGAUGAAGCGGUAGAUGUUAUCGUGGAAGAGAUUCCAGAUGAAUAUGAGGGCAGCUGCCUAGAACGAGAGUUUGAUAAAUUUUAUGGAUGGGAUGAACCGGUGCUUGAGCCCAUCAGAGAGAAAGAAAUAAGCCAUCUGAACGAAAAAGAUGGACCAGGUUUGGAAGACCAACAGCCGCAAACUUCACUUUUAAAAAGGGCACAGGAGAACCUGGAAGAGCUGACGCAAACAGCAGAAAGGAAAUUCACAUCGGUCUUGGAGUCUUUGAAAGCAGCCGAGAACGAAGCGAAAGACCGUAUGCGAUACCAAAAGGAAAAAAGAGACAGGGUGGAAACUAAUUUACGUAACAUUCAAGAAUCCUUGAAAGAUUUCCUUAAAGCUCGACUAUCACAUUCAGGUGCUCAGUCAUCGAGGCCAAAUUAUAUAUGCGAGCCUCAAAUUCAGAUGCAGGUAAACUGAGGAGCAACUGAGCUCGAUAGUAGAUCACUUUAUUUAUACACGGUAAAUUCCACUCAUUUGUAUACAAGCAGAAAUAUCUACAAAGGUAAAAAUCAAAACAAUAUAAUCAUUAUAAAAGUAAUAACAAAGAAUAAAAGCCUAAUCUAAACAAACUGAGCUAACUACCUAUUUCAAUGGAAAUAAAUGAAGACAAAAGUACCGCUUUUCAGGGACGCCGUGUCGUUAAUUCAUUCAAAACUGAUGUUACUUAGCUUCGUCUUAAAUUCACCUAAGGUUUUAGAUGCUCUAAUAUCAGUUUGAAGGUUAUUCCACAACGGGGCACCGCUGUAAGAGAAGCUUUUAGGAACAUAAUAGGUGCGAGGUUGAGGAAGAGCCAGCCUCAUUUCACUAUUUCUUAAUCUAUAACUAGUUGUAUCAUUACGAAAAAUAAAUUUAUUUGAUAAAUAAUCAGGUGUCUGUCCAUUUAAAGUUUUGAACAUCAUAAUGGCUCUGGUAAAAAGCUUCUGAUUCCUUAGGUUUUUCCAAGCAAGUCUACAGAACAGGUCUGUAGCACUAGAAUAAUAAGGGGCGGACAGCAAUAUACGAGCCGCACGGUUUUGCAGCUUCUGAAGUUUUUCGGCGAGACCUAUACUGCAGCAUCCUCAUACUAAGCUACAGUAGUCAAAUUGGGGCUUUAUCAAACCAUUAAAGAUGUUCAAAAGAGUGUAGAAUGGUGCAAAAUUUCUAAUGCGCUUAAUUAAGCCUAAAGCUGAAGAAAUUUUCUUACAAACACUUACAUUGCUUAAUCACGUUUACGCUUACAUUGCUUAAUCGCGCUAAUCAUAUGUAGCAUGCGACCCUUUGUAGAAGGGGUUUAUUAACGUGUCGUAGGUACUUCAGUAUUCUUAAUAAACCGCAUAAGUUUUAAAAAUCGAAAGUAACAUAUACUGUGAGGUUGCGCAAAUUAAACCGUAAGGAUCCUGGGAUAAAUGAGCCGACAAUUUUAAGUAGCGCAACCCAUUAAAAGAUUAUCACAGGAACGCCGAGAUGUACAUGACAACAAGAACUUGACAAAUCAAGUUGUCCUCAAUAGAUGUAAGGUCAUCCCCAUAAAAUGUUUGGAAGUUGUUUUUUUGUUUUGUUUUUUCUUCCUUUUCUGAUAAAGAAAAACGAAAAACUGUUUUCUAUUCAUUGCCUGGUCCCACCCUUUACAGGAAAGAUUUAAUUAAGGCCCGCCAGGCAUUUAUACAUGUGCAAUUCGUUACUCAAUAUUUCCGUUUUUUGUCCGCUUUUAUUUAAUUUAUUUGUAACCGACCGACAAAGACCAAGAGUGAGGGUGAUGCAAAAAGGAAACAUUUUUUUAGCGUAGUGUAAAGCAUUGUUCAAAAAGUAUGAAAAUGUGUGAUGUUAAUAGAUGAAAUACCAGUAUCGUCAAAGUGGUUUGCCAUUAUUAAAGCUCGAAUUCCGGCCUUCUCA